CAGCAAGUUUAAAGUCCCUGGUCUCUCCUCCUCCUCCUUUUCCUCCUCCUCCUCCUCCUCCUCUCCUCCUCCUCCUUCCCUCGCUCCAGACACCAGCGCGGGCCGAAGAACGAUGAGAGGCUGAUUGUUUGCUCCAGCUCCCAUUCGCAUCCCCUCGCCUAUAAAUACCGGGGAGAAGAAAAGCCGUUCCCUCCGCCUCCCCAGGGCCGCUUUUCCUUUCCGACGGCCCGACCUGCCCGAUGGCACCGCCCGGGUGUCGCAGCGCCUGAGACCCCGCUGCCCGCCUGACCCUUCCAGAGGUGCAGCCCGCACUCCCCGUCCUCCCGCACCACCCCGCCCCAUCCCCAGUAGGAAACGAGCCCCUCUCUCUCCACUUGGCCCCCUCCCCCCCGGUUUCGCCCGUAUCUCUCUUCCCGCCGGCGCCCAGGAAAGAGAAGAAGAUGCGAUUCACGCCGCCGGGGCUCCUGUUCGCCCAGCUCCUCGCGUGCAUCUACUGGAGCUGCCUGUGGCCCGCCGGCUGCCAGCAACAGCAGCCGCUGCGCCGGGAUCCCCCGCCGCCCCCCGCCGGCUGGAGGCAGCGGAUCCAGUGGGAGAACAACGGGCAGGUGUACAGCCUGCUCAGCCUGGGGUCCCAGUACCAGCCCCCGCGGCGCAGGCAGGCGGCGGAGGCGGCGGGCAGCCCCAUCCUGCUGCUGCGGAACAACGGGACGGCGCUGCCCCGCAGAGCCGCCACCCGCGCCGCCGCCGCGCAGCCACAGCCCCCGCCCGCCGCCGGCACCCGGGGCGGCUCCGGUGCUCGGCACUGGUUCCAGGCCGGCUACCAGCCUUCCUCCGGGGGCCGUGCCGCCGCCGGGCAGCGCAGCCAAGCGCCCACCAGCCCCGUGGCCAGGAGUGCCUCCUCGGGGGCGUCGCGACCCAGCGACCCCGCCAGCCCCGCCACCGACGGCAACGGGAGCAGCACCGGUGCCGGGGGGCUGCCGCCCCUCGGCAGCUUCAGGCCCGGGCGGGAAGAUGUCAUGGUAGGAGACGACCCCUACAACCCCUACAAGUACACGGACGAUAACCCCUACUACAACUAUUACGACACCUACGAGAGGCCCCGCCAGGGCAGUAGGUACAGACCCGGCUACGGCACCGGCUACUUCCAGUACGGUCUCCCUGACUUAGUCCCGGAUCCCUAUUACAUCCAGGCGUCCACAUAUGUCCAGAGGAUGUCCAUGUAUAACUUGAGAUGUGCUGCCGAGGAAAACUGCUUGGCAAGUUCAGCUUAUCGAGCAGAUGUCAGAGAUUAUGACAAUCGGGUGCUCCUGAGAUUCCCCCAAAGAGUGAAAAAUCAAGGCACAUCAGAUUUCCUGCCCAGCAGACCCCGUUAUUCAUGGGAGUGGCACAGCUGUCACCAACAUUAUCACAGCAUGGAUGAAUUCAGCCACUAUGACUUGUUGGAUGCGAGCUCACACAGAAAAGUUGCUGAAGGACACAAAGCAAGUUUCUGUCUCGAAGAUACCUCCUGCGAUUAUGGAUAUUACAGGCGGUAUGCAUGUACAGCACACACGCAGGGUCUGAGCCCUGGCUGUUACGACACUUACAAUGCUGACAUAGAUUGCCAGUGGAUCGAUAUUACAGAUGUAAAACCUGGAAAUUACAUUCUGAAGGUGAGUGUAAACCCCAGCUAUUUGGUGCCUGAAUCCGAUUACUCCAACAAUAUAGUGCGCUGUGAUAUCCGCUAUACAGGCCACCAUGCAUACGCCUCUGGCUGCACAAUUUCACCGUAA